GGCUAAAAGGUCUAUGGGCCCAAUUCACACAAACCGUUAUAAUAGGUUUCUCGAGAUGCGGGAUUUGUCUUAUUUGAAGGCCAGUAUUCGGAAAGCUAAAGCAAAAUGGGGGUGAGAUUCGGGAUUGAUAGUAUGCAUUGCAUGCGGGACACGGGACAUAACCAUCGGGAUUACGCGAAGUUUUAGGGCGGGAAACGGGAUCAAAGAUCCCUAUCAUGGACAGAGACCCUCCCAUAUUUGUAUGCGUGUAAGAGUUAAUGGGAUAAAAAUGUCACAUUGGCUUUGAGCGGGCAAACAGCCGUUAUAGGCGGCCAUUACAAGCGUCUAUGGUGGGGUCUUGUUAUUAUUGUUUUGAGAGAAUGAUAAAAAGUAAUAUUUAUCUUGAUUUGUGUAUGACAGGGCUCGUUUACCGUUUAUCUCACCGUAAUCACUCUUUUAUUGAUCACGGUGUCUCGACUUUGUACUGCUGUUCUUGAUAAGGCAAUAGAAGAAUUCAACAGCAUGAGUGAGGUUCGAAAUGCACCAGUUACUCACAACCAGAGUACUUCUUAUAGCGCGCAAAGCAAAUCGAUACCAUCGUCGAUGAAGAACAGCCGAAAGCGGUCGAAAUAUCGUGUUCAAUGACAAUUAUUAUCGUGAGUGGCCAUGGUUCGUAUUUAAAAACUAAACGGUUAGUAAAAGAGUUUCUAAAACGCAUAGUAUGGUAGGUAGACAGUUUGACACGAGGCAUUAUAGAUAAGAUUGGAUGUCCUGUAGAGUAUGAAACUUUUCUAAAAAUUUUGCGAUCUAAGUGAGUAACAUUGCUUUCCUUAGCCCAGAUGCGUUCCUCUAGCGAAUAUGAACUGCAUUUUCAAGAAUAAGUCCAUGUGUUUCUAAAGAGAGAUCCUAAUAUUCAUUCGUUCGUUCGUGCCAUUAACCAAAAAUACAAAUACAUUAAAGAUAAUAUGCAAUAUUCCAACUAAAUUAUUUACCAGAUCAAAUGUUUAAAGUGGAAAAGGCAAGGAAUCCCAUAUAGAAGCCGGGGGCUUAUAAACUAUAGGCUUCCUGGAACUGUAGGGUAAAUCAUGCAAGUUAAGGGUACUGAAUGAAAAUUGGGAUUAAUUAAAAAAAAAAAAAAAAAAAAAAGAAGAGAAGGGAAGAGAGAAAACGAAAAGGUGUGUGGCUCAACAAACAAAUUAGCAAAUAGUUUUUAAACCGCUCGAUAGAUUUUUUUUUAAAUUUAAUAUUCUUGAGAUUAACCUUUCUUUUAUAUGACCUUUUAGUUCCAAGAUUAUUGAUACAUUGUAAGGCAGUAAAAUAAGGGCUACAAUUCGUUACUUUUUUAUCGGACGUUUCGUUAUUACAGGUGAAAGCCUCUCAUUAUUCAAGGCAUUGUCUCCAAGUUUCAUUUUCACGUGAACAACAAUAACUAACAAUGCAUUUGACAUAUGCAAAAAUGCUAGCUAUUGUUAUGCGCGAAAAUAUGAAACUUGGAGACAAUACCCUGAAUAAUGAGAGGCUCACAUUUGUAAACACAAAAUUUCUGCCAAAAUAUUGGCGAAUUGUAGCCCUUAUUUUACUGCCUUACAAUAUAUCAAUAAUCUUGAAACUAAAAGGUCAUAUAAAAGGAAGGUUAAUCUCAAGAAUCUUAAAUUUUAAAAAAAAUCUAUCGAGCAAUUUAAAACUUAUUCGCUAAUUUGUUAAAGUAGACCAAAAUGUUCAAAAACCGCUAACAAAAGCGCCUCGAUACAUACUAAUCAAAUCCUUCUUUCUAGCAAUCGGCUGGAGCUAUCUCCACGGUCUUUCACAAACGUUUUAAAAAAGAUUGAAACUACUAUGAGGUGAAAUUGCAUGUCAAAAGCGCUUCAUUUUCUACAGAUAACAGCCGAACAUCAAGAUUAUCCAUUUUUUACCGUAUUUCUAACCACAAAAUCUUUAUCCUAAAAUAUCUCGACAACGCUCUUACAGAUUUCGCUUAAACUUCACUAACAUCGAGGCGGCUAUUGGAGGAAAAAGCUCCCGUAAAUGAUUUUGGAAGAACAGUUCCCAGUGCCGAGAAAUACUUCUGUAAGUAAAAUAGGUAAUAGCGUCAUUUCGUUGCUAUGACAACUCCGAUGUCAUUGCAACCCUAAUCAUAACAAAUUUUCAUCUUUAUCUAAUACAACUGUGGUGGCAAUUUUUCCAAAACUUUGUUUAUGGCGACGUAGAUUAUCCUCAAACUUGGGAGGUAUUGGCCUUGAAAAACUGUAUCGAGCCACCUUAAGAUGUGUUUGCCUGUCUUCAUUGGGGGUUUGCUGUUUCUUUAGUGAACAGAAAAGGAUCAGUGAAGUAUCCUCAGACCCCAAAGCGUAGAAGUCAUGUACCAAUCAGAGGUUAGAAACUUAUUAACUGUUAAAUAUUGGGAAAACCGAAACUUGCAUUUGGUGCUGUAUACACAGUAAAAGAUCACAAUUUAGUCUUUAGGAUUUUUAUCAUACUCUUAUUACUCUUAUUUUCAUCUUACUCGAAUGGGGUGGGGGGGGGUGGUACUUUCUUGUUGGAUUGACUAUAAUGGGGUUGGGUUUUCAGCAGAGUUACUAGAAUGGGGUCGCACAUUUUCGGGAUUUUGGGGGUAGGGAAAUCCUGGUAAGUAGGUAUUUAACAUGGGAUGAUCCGCGACUACGUUGUGAUGGCAAAAAUUACAUUUGCAACGGCACAUACCCAGCAAAAAUUGACCCAAUUAACCCCCUCCCUCCUGGCUUCAUUUUCUUUCACUAUAAAAGAGGUUUGUGUAACUUAUUCACUGUUGUUUUUACUGUGAUUUUCAGAGACUCCUCCUUUACCUGAGAA